AUGAGUGUAAUUCCUGUUGGCAAUAUAAUAGAUCAAGGUAUUAUACAGCUUUUAGUUAUUGUAAACGAACUAACAAAGAUUAUCUUAGUAUUUGAAGACAUAAUAUCUAUUAUUCCUAAAAUAUUGGAUCUUCAAAGCAUCUCUGCUCAAAAUUAUCCUUGCCAAAUGUAUUCUUGCAACGGGCAGCUUUUAUACUCAAUCUAUAUUUUAUUACAAUAUGAAGUGAACUUUAUUAUAUCUGUGAACUACUGCUUUUUCUUUAAUACCCGUAGAAUCCUCAAGUCUAUGGUGACUUCAAUGCUAUUGCUAAACAUUUAUUUCGAUACCAACUAUAUCAGUGAUCAAUUCUCGGCUUAUCUCGAUAUUUGA